AGGAGGAGGAGGAGGAGGAGGAGGAGGAAUCGCCUGCAACGGAGAUGCAGCAGAGGCAGCUGGACUUGCAAGCUUUGCCGGAAGGAUGCAUAGCCAACGUGAUAUCGUUGACCAGUCCUCCAGAUGCAUGCAGGCUCUCUUUGCUUUCUAAGAUUAUCAGGUCGGCGGCAGAAUCAGACGCCGUUUGGGAUAAAUUCAUUCCGCCCGAGACACAAACGAUCCUAUCCCAGCCAAAUUCCCUCUCUUUCCCUUCCAGAUCCAAGAAGGACCUCUACAUGGCUCUCUGCGACAAUCCCGUCCUGAUCAACGAGGGCAAUAUGAGCUUUUCAUUGGACAAAUGGAGUGGUAAGAAAUGUUAUAUGAUAGCUUCAAAGGGACUUCGGAUUGCUUGGGGUGAUACUCCUCGAUAUUGGGAAUGGAUUUCUCUGCCCGAGUCCAGGUUUGAGGAGGUUGCUAAGCUUCGGGUGGUUGGUUGGUUUGAAAUUCGUGGGAGAAUUGCUACUCGCAUGCUUUCUCCAUCCACUCUAUAUAAAGCUUAUCUUGUGUACAAGUUUAAUGAACGCCCAUGGACGUUUGACAACCAUCCCACGGCGGUGGCCGUUUCCGCAAGGUCUUAUGGCUUUGAUUACGAAUGCCCGAGUUUGAGUGAAAUGGUUGAAGGAGGAGAGCUCAAGUACACUGCCUUUCUGGCGCAGCCGGAAAGAGAAAUUAGUGAAGAGACUCGACUUCCAGACAAAAGGGCGGAUGGCUGGUUGGAGAUGGAGCUAGGUGAGUAUUUCUGUGAUGGUGAGGAAGAUGUGGAGUUGGAGAUGAUUUGUUGUGAGAUUAAUAGUAGCGGCAAGUGUGGCAUCAUUGUGCAAGGGAUUGAGGUCAGACCCAAAAGCAACUAGAUCAAUGUACUAUCACUAAAUAUGUUUAUUUUUGCUAAACUUUCUUUUUACUUUUCUGUUCAGUGUUUGCAUUUUACAUUGGAAUUUCUUCAGUUGACAUUAGUUAAUGAAUCAUGUCCCUUGCUUUAAUCUUCUGAUCAUGAAGCCAAGAAAACGGACUUACAUGUAUCCAUAAUGCUUUUCAAUUUUUAAUCCCAGUUAUUGCUUUCA